AACUCAUAUCCCACUCUUAUUUAAAGAGUGUAGGACAAUAGUAGUUGAAGCAGCUGCCACGGACACAGCCGCCAUUAUGACGAUGACGACGACGACGCCGCCGCCGCGGCCUGUUCAGCCGCACGCCCUCCUCGUGUCCACCCCAUUCCAGGGCCACAUCAACCCCCUCAUGCGCCUUGGCCGGCGCCUGGCCGCCAAGGGCGUGCUAGUCACCUUCACCACCGCUCUCCGAGCAGCCGUCCGCGUGGAGGAGGACGGCGACGGCCACGAGCGCGCGGGGUUCCGGUUCGAGCGCCUGCGCGGCGGCGGGCUGUGGGAGCCGGAGGAUCCACGGUUCAGCGACGCCGGCGACAUGGCGCGCCAUGUCGAGGCCGCUGGACCGGCGGCGCUCAAGGAGCUCAUCCGCCGGGAGGCCGAGGCCGGGCGGCCGGUGACGUGCGUCGUGACCAACGCCUUCGUCCCGUGGGCGCUCCGCGUGGCUCGCGACAUGGGCCUCCCCUGCGGCAUGCUGUGGAUCCAGUCCUGCGCCCUGCUCUCCGUGUACUACCACUACGUGCACUCGCUGGCGGCCUUUCCAGAGGCGGACGACGGCGCGUCCGGCCGCUCGCUAUUGGCCAUCCCUGGGCUCCCGGACCUCGCCAUCGACGACCUCCGUCCCCUCCUGAUUUACGCCUCUGACCAGGACAUGUGGCGAGAGAUGCUCUUCGCGGAUCUCAGCGUCAUCCGCGAGAAGGUAUCGUGGGUGUUCGUCAGCACCUUCGACGAGCUGGAGCACGAGGCCGUCGCGGCCCUUAGCGAGCACCUGCCGGUUAUUCCAGUCGGCCCUCUCAUCAAGCCGGAAAUCGGCGAAAUCGACGGGUCCUCCGAUGAUGACGGCUGCAUCGCGUGGCUCAACGCGCAGGCGCCGCGCUCGGUGGUGUUCGCUGCGUUCGGGAGCCUCGUGAAGACGGACGACGACGAGACUGCCGAGAUAGCGCAGGGGCUGGCCAGCACGGGCCGGCCGUUCCUCUGGGUGAUGCGCGACGACAACCGCGCGGUGCUCUUCCAGGGCACCCUGGACGGCGUCACGGCGGCCACCUUGUGCGACAGAGGCAAGGUCGUCCCGUGGUGCAGGCAGGCGCACGUGCUCGGGCACGGCGCGAUCGGCUGCUUCGUCACGCACUGCGGGUGGAACUCUACCACGGAGGCGCUCGCCGCGGGAGUGCCGGUCGUUGCCAGCCCGAGGUGGUCCGACCAGAGCAUCAACGCGAAAUUCCUAGUGGAUGUGUACCGACUCGGCGUCCGUGCCCCGACGCCGGUGACAAGGGAAGCGCUCCGUCUAUCCAUCGAGGAGGUCAUGAGCGGGCCGGAGGCGGGAGCGAUGCGACUACGAGCGGCCAGCUGGAAGGAGAGGGCGCGUGCGGCGCUGGCCGACGGCGGCUCGUCGGAUCACGGCGUCCAAGCUUUUGUUGACCAGAUAAAGUAGACCCAAAGGGAGCGUGCUUCAUGUGCAUUAGUGCUCCCUCCAUAAAAAAAUAUAAAAGCAUUUAGAUCACUAGAGGAAAUUAGUGAUCUAAACCCUUUUAUAUUUGUUUAUCAAGCGAGUACUAUUUAAUCUUCAUUGUCUUAUCAGUGUAGUGUGCCCUCAUCCUCUCGUGAUGGUCAUUAUUAUUGCUUUUCACUUUCUCAUACAAGUUUAUUGAUAAAACAUUUCCUAAUUUUAGUGCAUAAUAAGGAAAUAUCAAAAGUCGCUCACUUUCUCAUA